AUGACUCAGUUCCAGCCAUCGUCGCUCGAACGCAAAGUUGUCGAGCUGAGGAGAGACUUUUACAGGAUCCUGAGGCGAUCAGCACGUACGCGCGAUGCAAAGCCGGAGGAGAAGGAGCAGACGAGGGGCAAUGUGUGUAUCAAUGGCGAUUGUCCUCAAACCUGUGAACGUGUGUGGGCCUCGGAUGCUGCAGCAUCUUUAGCAAGAAGCUCAGGAGUCUAUUCAAGCAAGUGGGAGGGGGUUGCUCUAGCACUAGCGAGCUCAAAGUAUCAGGAGGCAGAGGAACAGCAAAACCUCGCAGUCGGUUCAGACGCUGCCAGCGAGGAUUCACUUCGGCGUCUCCACCAUGAACUGAAACACGUCAAGGACUUGGAAGAAUAUGUGGAGGAGUCCGAGGAUGACCAAAGACAACACGAGUGGUGGAAGUGGAGCAAGCAGGAGUUGCUCGCGAAAGCAAGGAAGAUGCAAGACUUUCGUAAGAAGCAAAAAAUGACCUUGAAGAUCCUCCGCAGACUGGAAAGAGAAGCGAACGAUCACAUCGACUGCCUGCGAGCUGCUGUCCGCACCUGUAGGUCUGUGCUGCACGAUAUGGAGAAAAAGAUGACGGCCCGCAUCGAGGAGCUCGAAGAAUACUUAGAAGUAGCCAUCGAAACCUCCUGCUCCAAGCUCGACAUGGAAGGAACCUUGAGGGUUGUCCGGGAAACUGAAUCAGACAAGCUCAAGCUUUACAAUGCAGAGAAGCAGCAAGCGAAGGCUGAACUCCAGCAGGCGCAGAGAGCAGCGCAGACUGCCAACAAGGAGAGGGAGGAGAUGGCGAAGAAGCUCUCAGGUCUUGAGAAGCAGCACCGGGACCUGCAGGCCCAGGCGGAUCUUGCAUCGUCAGCGACCAAGAAGCUUGGCAUGCUUGGCAUUCACAUGGCAGACCGGAAGAACAUUGAGACAAGACAAGUAGCAAGAUCCAAGGUGCAGGAGGAGACCGAAGAGCAUCUGCCCCAACCCACGACAUUCUUCGCUGAUUCUCUCAGAGACUUAACCAGAGAAUUGAUAACUGACGACUCGUAA